GAGCCAUAUACGUGGUGGUGUUUACAGUACGCAGAGCAACAAAAGAACAAAUAUUUUAUUCUUUGGACAAUGCUGUCGGAUAUUUGCAGUGUCAGUAUGCAAUUUUUAAUUCAGGAACUUUUAUUUCCGAUCGGAGAGAGUUUUCAUCAACUUCUGUGAACGGAUCUGCUUUCCUUCUUGAACUUUGAGCGGUGUUCUGCAAGCACAGUCAUUCUGGGUUGUUCCAUGUGAUUUCCUGCUUUACCACCUUCAUGCAACUUUCACUCAUAUUAUCGGCCACAGUUUUUGAUGAACCCUCUGAUGGUGUCAACCUUGUGAACAAGUCUAAUCACGAUGACGAAUGUAGACGAUGAAACAUCCAGAAUCCACAAAAACCCAGACAUGGUUUUAGUACUUGACUCUAAGUCAGAAAGUUUUCUUUCGGAUCAGACUCCAACACCCAUAAGAUUAAUUCAAAAAUGUGAAGAAAUUGGCCUUUUCAAAGAUUUCCAAAAUGUCAACCCGUUUGAGGAGACUUUUCGCAAAGCAGCAGAAGAUAUACGGUCUGGCACAACACCAGUGGAAAUGUCAAGUUUGUCACUUCCAAAUAAUGCAGAUGAUUCUUUGCACACUCCGCAUGUUAUAUUCCCACUUCCAAAUGGAUUGAAUAGAAGAAAAGCUCUUUCUCCCAGAGAUGAUCUUUCUAUUUCUGAUCCACUUUGUUUAUCAUUGGACAAUGACGAGGCAGACAAAAUGGUUGUUCAACAAGAGGCUGACACGUCUGAGGAGGCACAGAUGUCUAAUUUAAAUGUAACUGGUCCCUGUGGAGAUGAAGAAUCGUCAUUUGGAGGAUCUAUCCAGUUUCUUUUGCGAAUGCCAAAUGGCAAAAUGUUACAACUUUCUUCACAUCCUGUUGAACAGAUGGAUAACAUCCCCCAAACUAGCUCCAAAGAAAAAGACAUUCCAUUAAUUAAGGUUGAUUCCUCUUUCCUCAAGGCUGUAGAAGCAGGUGCAAAGGAAGAUGGUCCUAAUCUAAGCUCUGCUGUGAAUUUAAGCUCUGCUGUGAAUGUUUUGGAUAGCAGUGCUAUUGGAGCUGCUCAGUAUGGAACCUCUGUUCAAAAUGCACCAAACAAGGUUUCAAGUAUCAGCUCAAACCAACCUAAACAGAACUCCAUAAGAAUUCCCGAAGCGCAAGAAACUGAUCAAAUUUCUAAAAUGUCCCUUGCUAAACAGAAAUUAAAACAAGCAUUAAUGAAAAACACCUGUCCAGCUACAUCAAGUGUAACAUCAAGUCUAGCAUCAAGCACUGUUCCUCCCCCUCUUGUUAUGCUGCCAGAAUAUGAGACUCAGACAGUACAAAGUAGAAGACCAUCCAGCCCAUCAGAUGAUGGGACCAGUCAAGAUAAUGUAAGUCAUGAUGCAAAUUCGAUGGAUGAAAAGCGAAGGAGAAACAGGGCAGCAGCAAUGCGGUGCAGAGAGAAGCGGAAAACCUGGGUAAAAGAACUGGAACGAAGAGCAAAUGAUAUGAUGAGAACAAAUGGACAGUUACAGCACGAAGUUUCAAUGCUUCGAGAUGAAGUUGCUCAACUCAAAACUUUACUUCUUGCUCAUCGAGAUUGCCCUGUUACUCAAGCUCUUGUUGAAGGAAAAGCUACUCUUCCCUUAAAUAUACCAGGUACCUACUUGGCUACAUCCAUUUCAGAGGCGUCAUCACAAAACUCCAACCAAUCCCCAAGCAAGGAGCAAAAAUAUUCACCUUCUACUGUGGUCUUCCAGUCAUCUGGCAUUGGCAAUGCAGUCAAACCACGAAUUCUACUCAGUGAUCCCCCUGUUAAGCGGAAACGACUAAACUCUUCCACAUCUGUUAGUUCUCCAACUGCUGUUUCUGUUGUCACUUCUCCUCCUGCAGUAUCCACAGUUCAUACUGUGGUCCUUCCCUCAAAGGGCUCAAAUAUUCUGAAUCCAGGUUAUGUAAACUUACUACCAAGUGUGGUUGUUGCUAAUCCUACAAAUUCAUCUGGUAGCACUUUAGGACAGCAGGUCAUUUAUCCACAACUUCUUACAUUACCUACAAUUGCUCCAAAGCCUACUCUUAAUGUUGUGACAUCACAGCAACCCUAUAUUUUACCAAAGGGGAGGACAACAAACCUUAAAACCAAAACUGCCCCUAACUUACUGGGUAAACCUCCUGUCCUAAGACAAGCAAAAUCGGAGAAAAAGUUUCGCUCAACUCACUUCUUAUCUACAAAUGUAAUAAAAAUUAACCCAAAUGUAGUUGAUCGUGACACAAAUGAUAGUGAUAUAGAGAUCCUUGAUGUUAAAUAGGUCCUGGAUCGUAGCUCAAUUCAUUCAAAAGGCUGACAUUUAUAGAGAGCGCUUCUGUAGGGUAAUUUUGUGCCAAUAGUUAUCUUCUUCCUGGUUUGUCUUUAGAAAUACUAGAGCAUUUGCGAGCAAUGUUUCAAAUGUAAUAAAUAUCCAUAGGAUGACUGUUUUGUCAGCUGUAAAAAGAAAACGAUAGAAAAUAUCCACAAUUCAGAAGAAGCAUGUGAUUGUAUCUUUGAAUUUUGUGAUUGUGGGCCUUACUUUUAUUGUGAGUGUGGGCUUCACUGAUAAUUGUAAGAGUUGCCUCGUCAACAACUUUCCAAACAAAACAGAAAACUUACAAUCCUUUUAGUUUCAAGAGGUGAUGAAUAGUUUUUUAUUCUUUAUUCCAUGGCUAGUGAUUUUGUGGUUUAGAUGUGUAUUUACUUAGCUGUAUCCGCUCGUGUCGCGACGGGCAAUGAACAUAUCUUUCUUGUGUUUUCUAAAUUUUCAUUUUAAUUCAAAUUUUUUAUUUAGAUAUGUAUGUUAUUACUGUUAUAGUAUCCAAUGCAUAGGAUCAAAUAUUAACUGUAUGAUUUACCUUCAAAAUAUAGAACAGACUCUUAAAGCUUUAAGAAUCCAUGGAACUAUUUUACUAUAUUUUGAUUUUUUUAUUUAGUUUUAACAGAUGAUGCUUAGACCUGUGUUGUCUUGUGAUAGGGACUGUGCAGCCUUGCAGGAUAGUUCAGAAGUGUUUUUCUUCCUUUCAUUGCAUGGAAGAAUCAUGAUAAAGUAUAUUUUGUGGGUGAAGGAAAAUUAUUUCAUCUUUGGCAUAACGCUGAAGAACAAGUAGUUAUGAUGUGACACAAACCUUUGCUGGUAGUUUGGGUUCCAUUCAAGUCAUGUCAUAGGACAAGUAGUGUUUAUUUCUUUCUAAAAGAAUUUAUAUCAGUGAUAAAAAGGUAUUUGUUUUCUCAAAAUUUGUUAGCUUCUUUUUCUAUUUAGCAUAUCCGUGAUUGGAAGAUCCUUUAUUUUUUGACCACUAACUUUUGGUUUAAUGUUUAUUCCUGUCUUAGUUUGAUUUGUUGUUACAAAAUGAUUACCUUUAUAUCUCGCUUCUCUGGGUUUUCCUGGACGUAUUUAUUGUUAACUGUUACUUGUCAGAUAAUAAAAAGAUUUUAUUUGGAA